GCAGCACCUCCUCCGCCUUUUGACCCCAGCAUGGCCCAAGCAUACAUGCAGAUGGUCCAGUACCUCCACCAGGGACUCCAGAGCCAGGCAGCCAGCUUUCCUGGCUCCGGCUUCCCUGCGCCGCCUAUGCCGUUUCCGCACCUCCCACCGAAUCCGUAUGCCCCACCGAUGCCAUCAGAGCCUGCGGUGAGCGUCUCCGUGGAGGGAAUGAAGUUCCAGUAUCAACUCACGGAGGAUGAUUUGCACAAGGUGUUCAGCCGCUAUGGGAGCGUGAAGCAGAUCCGCGUUGAUGAG